UCGCCUAGAUCAGACCAAAAUCCGUGAUAAAGCUGUCAGUCCAAAUCUGUCAGACCAAAUAGUAAACAAUCUUGGUCUUUGACAAAGGUGCACACAAAUCAAAAAAGAAAAUUUGAAAAAGAAUUUUAUUUUUUCAGUUCAAUAUCGGGAUUUGGGCUGCAAAAUUAAAUGUACGCCAGAAAAUUAUUAAAAAGUGCGGCGUCCUGUACACCGACAAUUAAAUAAGCAGUUAAGAGCCUUAUUUGUCCACUUUAAUUUUUGACCGCGUUUUCGGUUUACACCUGAACAAUCUUGAAAUUAUUUAUACGGAUUUGUGAUUUUUCUCGUACAAUCAUUCCCUUGCUCAUCAGAACAGAUGUGCACUUCGGUUUGAUUGUGCGCACAUAAUAUUAACUGUCCGAACGAACAUUGUUACUCGUAAAAAAUCCUGUUAGCGAUAGUAACGCAUCAUCAAAAACAUUACCCAAUUAGGUUUUACGCCGACUCGAUUUGGAGGAGAAGAAGUUCAAAGAUGGUGAGAAGCGGACCAUGUCAAAGGAGGAAAUGCAAAGGCGAAAGCGCGUUGAACCGGGUUCAGGAAGAAAAGAAUGCUCCGAGGACGAGGAUGAGGAAGGACGGGACUGGGGGGAAGAGAGUACGAGGGAGGAAACGGCCGGAAGGAGGUUGGUCCGGAUCGGUACGAUCCGGAGGAGGAACGAAGGAAGGAAUUGGAGGCAAAGGCGAAAGAAGGAAGCUGCGAAGAAGAAGGCCAAACGACCGCAGGGACCUCCUCCGCCGGAUUUCGCCGCGCUGUUAAUGCUGGCCGAACAGUUGGAACCGGUCAAGCUUAAGACGCCACUGGGUUCGUUGGAGAAAAAGAAGAAGGAACCGGAACGGUUGAUGACUAAGCAGGAGAAGAGAGAGCACGAAGAGAGGAUGGCUUACUUGCAGGAGAAGAAGAUCCGGGACGGGAUACGGAACGAUCCGAAGCUGUCGGAGUAGGAGAAACAGGUCAAGCUGGCAAGGUAUGACGCGAUGAAGUCCAGGAAGGCGUCACCGGCUCCGUCAGCCACAUCAACUAGCGCGGCCCAACCCGUCAACGUAAUAGCCCAGUAAAUUGCAAUAAAAGAAUCCCCAAUAACCCCAUCCUGUUUUAU